AUGUUCCCUUUGGUAGUUCUCCUGUGUUGCCUGGGGGCUUUGGUCUCCUCGGCUCCUCAAAAAGUGUUUUAUUCUGUUAACGAGGCCCCGAGCUACUUCGAAGAUUUCAUGCAAACGUACAAUAAGGUUUACAGCAGCGAAGCAGAGAAGCAAGCCAGAUUCGAAAUAUUCAAGAAAAACUUGGAAAAGCUCAACGAACAGAAUCAGAUGGACGAUGCAGUUUUUGGCAUCAACGAGUUCACGGAUUUGACCCCAGAGGAGUUUCUUACAUACUACACUGGCUACGUCAACGUGGGUGCAGAGUAUGCAUGCAGGCUUGAAAGGUUUGACAACGCGAGCCGCGUGUCUGCGCCUGAGUCGCACGACUGGCGCGCGCUGAACAAGGUCACUCCAGUCAAGAACCAGAUGACUUGCGGCUCCUGCUGGGCUUUCAGUGCUGUUGGUGCCGUCGAAAGUCAGCACGCAAUUGUCCACAACCAACUGUUAGAUUUAUCUGAACAACAAAUAUUGGAUUGUACCAAAAAGAGCUUGGGUGAAUUAGCGAAUACCGGUGGCAUCAUGCGAGAACAGGACUACAGCUACCAGAAUGCGCAGGGCUUCUGCAAGUACGACGCCAGCAGGGCCGUAACCAGGGUCACCACCUGCCGCCAGUUCCACUUCAUGUCGGAGGAGGAACUUAAGGAGACACUCGCGAGUGUUGGACCGAUCUCUAUUGCGGUCGCAGCUGACAACAACUGGCAGAACUACCGCGGGGGAAUAUUAGAAAUGUGCUCCCAAUCAGUCAACCAUGCUGUGCUUCUAGUCGGUUAUGGCUCAGAGGGAGGCAGGCCGUUCUGGAUCAUCAAGAACUCAUGGGGCACUGGAUGGGGAGAAUCAGGCUUCAUUAGGAUCAAGAGAAACGUGAAUGCCUGUAACUUGAUGGGUGGUCAAUUCGUUACAGCAACAGUGCAGUAGGACAU